AAAAUUUUCUCAUACUUCUCGUUCACCUAGCCUAAUUUACAGUAUCCGUGACCCGGCACCUUUUAGGCUGUACCUUUUGGCUUGAGCUUUGUAAUUUACCGCUCUUUUUAAAAUUUCAGUCUUAAAAUACUAUCAAAAUGAUUUCUCCUUUUCAUCAACUGAAGAAGCCAUCCGAACAACAAAACACCAUGAUGAAAUACCCUCAAUUUCAAUCUCACCUUGUACCAGGGAGAACUAUUGCUGCUGCUGCUGUAAAUGAAGAUAGUUGUGAGUUUGGGUCUCCAAAAUACUUUGCUCUUUGUGGCUUGGGUGGCAUUAUAUCAUGUGGAUUAACCCACACUAUGGUGACACCUUUAGAUCUAGUCAAAUGCCGUCUUCAAGUAAAUCCUGGAAAGUACAAAAAUCUAAUUAAUGGUUUCAAGGUUACUAUGGCCGAUGAAGGUGUUCGUGGAUUAGCCAGGGGUUGGGCUCCAACUGCUAUAGGUUAUUCAAUUCAAGGACUAGGAAAAUUUGGAUUGUAUGAAUACUUUAAAAUUUUUUAUGGUAACAUCAUAGGAGAAGAAAAUGCCUAUUAUUGGCGAACAUCGCUCUAUUUAGCUGCUUCUGCAUCAGCAGAACUUUUUGCUGACAUUGGGUUAGUUCCACUUGAAUCUAUCAAAGUCAAAAUUCAAACUACACCAGGUUUUGCUAAUACUAUGCGAGAAGCUGUCCCAAAAAUGAUUCAACAAGAAGGUGUAUCUGCUUUCUUCAAAAGUUUGGUACCUUUGUGGAUGAGGCAAAUUCCAUAUACCAUGAUGAAGUUUGCCUGUUUUGAAAGAACUGUUGAGUUAAUUUACAAACAUGUUGUGCCUAAACCCCGUGCUGAUUGUACUAAAGGAGAACAGUUGGUUGUUACUUUUGCUGCUGGCUACAUUGCUGGAGUUUUCUGUGCUGUUGUAUCUCACCCUGCUGAUACACUUGUUUCAAAACUAAAUCAAGAAAAAGGAGCUUCUUCUAUAGAUGUUCUUAAGAAAAUUGGUUUUGGCGGUUUAUGGAAAGGUUUAGGACCCAGGAUUAUCAUGAUUGGUACUUUAACUGCUCUUCAAUGGUUUAUAUAUGACUUUGUUAAAGUAUCCUUAAACAUUCCUCGACCACCACCUCCAGCUCCUCCUAAGGGAAAAACCGAAUAAUGCAUAAAAGUAGAAACAUUUAAUAACCAUCAAUCUUAUUGAAGUCUAGAUAAAUCAAGUUUUACUAUUACAAGUCGAUUGACAGUGUUUUCAAUAUUAUAUGACCGAAAAUAUCUAAUUGCUUUUACUUUUAUUUAAAUACUAGAUGCUUUUAUUAUCAUUCCGAAAACCAGACCUCAUAUAUGUACUAAUGAAAAAAUGUGCAACUUUUAUUGUAUACCUAAUAUUGUUUGUCAUAUCCUUGCUUAAAAUAAUUACUUAAAUGUAACUAGUCCUAUAGAAUUUACCAAAGUACAUUUGAUUUAUUAAGUUAUUAAUGAGUUUGUUGUUAAUUAUUUAAUCUUUGUUGUUAAAUUUAAGAAAUAAAAUACUUAGAAACAUAUAA